CGGCACCGCCCGGGAAGCAAGUGAAAGGCGACACUGCCGUUUUUAUCGGUGCCCGCCGCGCCACAUCCUCCGGAGCCCAACUGAGCCCAGCCACGCCGCAGUGGAUCAUGGCCCACCAGACAGGGAUCCACGCCACCACCGAGUUAAAGGAGUUUUUUGCCAAGGCCCGAAGUGGCUCCAUUCGCCUCAUCAAAGUCAUCAUUGAGAAUGAGCAGCUUGUGCUGGGUGCCUACAAAGAACCGUCCCAGCGCUGGGAAAAAGACUAUGACACUUUCGUGUUGCCACUGCUAGACGAGGAGCAGCCAUGCUACAUCCUGUACCGGCUUGACUCCCACAAUGCUCAGGGCUUUGAGUGGCUCUUCAUUGCGUGGUCCCCAGACAGCUCUCCGAUCCGGCUGAAGAUGCUCUAUGCAGCCACCCGAGCCACAGUGAAGAAGGAGUUUGGAGGCGGGCAUAUCAAGGAUGAGCUGUUUGGGACAGUGAAGGAUGACCUUUCAUUCACUGGCUACCAAAAGCAUGUAUCAUCCUGCUCGGCCCCUGCACCCCUGACUGCAGCUGAGAGAGAGCUCCAACAGAUCCGGAUCAAUGAGGUGAAGACUGAGAUCAGCGUAGAGAGCAAGCACCAGACGCUGCAAGGCUUGGCCUUCCCCCUGCAACCCGAAGCUCAGCAGGCCAUCCAGCUCCUGAGGCAGAAGAACAUCAACUACAUCCAGCUGAAACUGGACAUUGAGCAGGAGACCAUUGAGUUGGUGCACACCAGCCCUACCGAGCUGGCAGAGCUGCCCAAAAGAGUGCCCCAGGAUGCUCCACGCUACCAUUUCUUCCUCUACAAGCACUCACAUGAAGGGGACUACCUGGAGUCUGUGGUGUUCAUCUACUCCAUGCCUGGCUACAAGUGCAGCAUCAAGGAGCGCAUGCUCUACUCCAGUUGCAAGAGCCGGCUGCUCGACUCAGUGGAACAGGACUUUCAGCUGGAGAUCACCAAGAAGAUAGAGAUUGGUGAUGGAGCUGAGCUGACGGCUGACUUCCUGUAUGACGAGGUCCACCCCAAGCAGCAGGCCUUCCGCCAGGCCUUCGCCAAGCCCCGUGGGCCUGUGGGCAAAAGGGGGCAGAAGCGACUCAUCAAGGGCCCUGGGGAGAAUGAGGACAGCUAAGCACCCCUGCUUCCCCAAACCUUCCCCACCACGCCUCUCUCCCCUCCUCUUUCUCCCUCCUUGUCCUGAGGACAUGGGGCUGCGAACUGUUUACAGUGUCCAGGAUUGCAGUUACCUCAGAAUCUGUUGCCCCACUGUCUCCUUCUUCCUCCUUGGGAGGCACUCCAGAGUUCCUCCCUGCCUAAUUGCUCAGUGUGUAUCUGUGUUUCUCUUUCUCUCUCUCUCUUUCUCUUUCUCUCUCUCUCUCUCUUUCUCUCUCUUUCUCAGUGUUGAGACACUGGAAUAGGGAAGGGGAGGGUUGGAGACUAAAAUGAAGCUUGUUGUAUUUACUUCCCUCUUUCCUCUCUUCUGCCCUGUUCUCCACCCUAGAUAUCUCUCAGUUCCCCUACCCCUCUUUGCUUUACAGUCUUGUAAAUUCCCGAGGGAAAUUUUGUCACAUUUGUAAGCAGCAGUGUAAGCAGUGGAAUGGAUGCCUGCACCUCCCCCCUCCCUGCCCCCACAAUAUUCGGGAGCCUGCUGUACCAUACAUUGCCCAGACUCACUGUUCUUGUCCCCUACCUCCUUCACACCAAUUUUGCUGGGGAGGAGCAGCCAUCUGGGGCCCCCUGCCCCCAUGACUCUCCCACUCAGUAAGCCGACAAGAUCCUUGAGCUGAGGAUGGGGUGGGGCGAUAGCCCUUUCCUCCUCCUCAUGUUUCAACCUCCCACAGCCAGGCCUCAGGGGUGAGAGAAGAGCAGAAUUUCUGCUACCAUCCCAUCUCUGUCUCUGGUGGGAGGACUAUCUGAGGGUCAGAGGGAUUCCCCUCAGCUCUGGAGAAGAGAUAGGCAUGCGGGAAGGUACACUGGUUUGAUGGGGAGCAGAGACUCAGCUUAACCCUGGGCCUUCUGCAUCUUUGACUGCCCCCCCCCUCCCAAAAAAAAAAAACUGUUACCUUAGACUGUGGACUGAGACUUUGGGGUAAUUGAGGGGAGAAGGUAAUAGGGGAGAAGACUUCAACCCUGUUCCUACUUGCACCCAGCUGCCACUUUCCAAGAGCCAUCCCCAACCACAAGUGAGAAAGCUGUCUGGUGUGAUAUGGGUUAAGUCCUCAGUGUGGGUAGAGCGCUUUCCUGGCCCUGGGAAAUUGGGAGUUAAAGACCUGUUGCACACCCUGCCCCAACUUCCCUGCUCCUUUGGGAUGUCACCUGCAGAGGAGUCAGUCCCCAGUGCCAGGCUCAACCAUUGCCCAGGGCACUUAGGGAAGGGGAUGGGCAAAGAGCUGCUGCUUCCCUAUCACCCAGCACUCAUUUCCUCAGUGAGGCAGGAGCCAGGCAGGCAAAGUGGUUGGGGAAUCACGGGACACACCGUACUGAAUGCUGUAUUUUCUAGAGAAUAAAGUAUUUUUCAAACAACA